AUGUGGGGCAGUAACUCAAUUUCAUGUGGCUUUUGCUCUAAUAGGCAGUGUAUGUGCCACACAUCCAGGGUGCCUUAUUUAUGCAUGAACUCCAUAAACCAGUACUUUCACGAUAAUGCACUGCUGAGUUCAACUAGUUUCCAAAAUUACCCAAAUCCCCCUGAAAAUGCCAUCUAUGGCUUUGCUCAUGCUAGCAAUACUGUUAAUCCACUUUUUCAUACUGACAAUGAUCAUGAAUCUGGUGAGCAAAUAGAAACAAACGAAACUGGUUCUUGGUUGCUGCCCAAUCCAAACACUAAUCAGACUGGUGGGUCCUUAAACCUUCCAAGUUACUGCUCCUGGACUGGAAAUCAGGAUCAAAGUAAGUUUGAUCACAUGCAGAAUCAGGGUAUUCAGGUAAAUUACAAUGAAGAUUAUGGUCAAUCUUCUAGGGAAGGGAUGGUGGAGAAACAAGAACAGCAAUCAAUGUUCUCCCAGGGAAUUCAGAAUGAUCAUCCCACCUUUGCAAGUUCAUUUUAUGAAACUGGUGAGCAAAUCACAACAAAUGAAACCAAUACUUUGCUGCCCAAUCCUUACAUUAAUCAGAUUAAUGGGUCCUUGAAUCUUACAAGUUACUGUCCGUUGACCGGAAAUCAGGAUCAUGGUCUGGUUGAUCACAAUGCAAAUUAUGUUCGCUUUUCUAGGGAAGGGUUGGAGGAGCAACAAGAACAUAUAUUAAAGUUAUCUCAAGGGAUUCAGAGUGAUUACUCGACAUUUCCAAGUUUAUUUUAUGUAAGGUUUUCCACAUAA